UUUCUCUCCGCCAAACGACGAGCUUGUCCGAUAAGGGUCUACAAUGUGCAUGAGCCCUUGCUGCGGAACUGUGGCAGUAGUGACAGCUUAUUCGAAGCGUCGUGAUUGAAGGCUACGUAAUAGAGCAGAUCCGCCUCGUCUUGAUUGACUGAAAAUAGCUCUCUUCCGACUAUUGACAUUUGAGUAUCCAGCGAGAGCUGUUCAAGAUGCCCUUGACCUUCUGUCCUAACUGCAGUAAUGCACUAACGAUCUCGCGCGCGGACCCGACUCCAAGACACCCUCUUGGGGUCAAUCGAUUUGAGUGCCGGACCUGCCCCUAUCAAUAUGUUCUGGAACAGAGUUAUUUCGAGAAAACAGAAAUGAAGCAGAAAGAAGUGGAGGAUGUCUUUGGCGGCAAGGAAGAGUUUGCGAAUGCCGAUAGCAUGGCUACCCAGUGCCCCGCAGAGAAUUGUAAUGGCGACCGUGCAUACUUCUUCCAGCUGCAGAUUCGAAGUGCAGAUGAACCUAUGACUACAUUCUUGAAGUGUACCAGUUGCGGUGCCCGAUGGAGAGAAAACUGAAGUUUCACUUUCCGGUGUUCCAGAAAGAGAAAAUAUCACAUUCCAGAAUUCUUCUGGGAAAAGUGUUUUGGAUUGGUGGGAAAAGAUAAAAGUGGUGUUAUUAUUAAUUUUUGGUUACAACUCUAGAUGGUGGUUGUGUAUGUUUUCCAGGAGUAUGGUGGUUUACUAGCUCAGCGAUACCCCUCAACAAUUACUAUGAUUACUACUAUAUGCAGAUACGUAGCUAGUAUAGCAGAUCAACAGACAAAAUUUUCUCUUAGCGGCGGCAGGUAAUCGCCUGUUUGGGAUUGGAGGAACGCCUUCAUCCAUGGUAAGCUUGUGCGUUGUUAC